AUGCCACACACACCCGUCCCUCUUUCCCUCUUUCCCUCUUCAGCCUCCUGCCAUUAUUACCACACUACCGCACUACCGCACUACCACUAUUACUUACAUGGAGACGGUGUAGCCCCGUCAGCAUGGACUUCCAGGCGGAAUAGCCAACGCUUCUCCAGAUGGCGCCGGUCCAGCCAUGGGUCUACGACCAGGAUGAGGCCCAAUCUUCUGCCCUCGCUCAAUACUUCCACGUUGGAUGCCAAGAGCCCGGAAAGCUUGACUCCGAGUCCCCGCAACACCGCAGCGCCACCGGAUGACCCAUCUCUGGGGAGCAUAGCAGAUGUAUACGAUGACUUCGCGGUAGAGGGCAGGUCGGGCGUCAUGUACGACUACCAGUGGCCCAUGGGUGUUGCUGGUGCGGGUGGUGCUGGUGCUGGUGGCCUUGCUGCAGGUGAUUACGCCGUGGCCGACUAUGUUGCCUCACCAGUGUCACCCACCGCCAUACCGGACGGUCCCUUCUUCCCGGAUAGGGACCAUGACAGCAGCCCCUUGGCCCGCUCGCAGUCUGACCUCUCCAUGUAUGUGCCCACACGCCGCCGCUCCAUCGUCCAGGUCCCCGGAGUCGCCACCCGUACCGAACCAAGGUGGCCACCUUCUCAGCACGGAAGCAUGACCUCGAGCAUGACCUCACGCCAGAGCUUUCCGGCCGCCAUUCCGGACGAUUCAUCAUCGGAACGGAACUCGUUCGAGUCCUACAGGAGACGCCAUCUAUCCAUGCCACUGCCGCCCUCGCUGGAUCUGGAUGCCGCAGAACGUGCCGGCACACCACCCAACAUUGAAUUCAGGCAACUCGGUGCCAUCAAGUUUGGCUCUCUACACAUCACCAACGGAACGCCCAACUCUACUCCGGGCCCAGAGGACGAGACCCGCACUACCCACGGGAGCCCAUUGGUAGCUGGUGACGGCGGUGGUAGCAGUAGCAGUGCAGCCCCGACUUCGUCGCCUGUUGGGAAACAAGACUCUCUCAGAGGCGUGGCAAAGGGUUCGGCUGUGGACGCUACCGAUCUGAAGCACCCCAGGCCCCUAUCUGCCACUGCGGCCGCGGUGGCUGCCACAGCCGCCGGCACUACACCGUCUGGAGAGCACCGUGCGGGAGGCGCCGAGAUCCCAGCACCAGGCCCACAUCCGCGCAAGGGCUCGAGCUCCCCGGACAAGGCGCAGGUCGACCUCGGCCGGAGCGACAGCGGUGUCGGCUCGGCCACCUCGUCGACAGGCAGCAGCAGCGAUCCCGUCCCUACGGCGGACAGCGGCUACGGCUCGAUGCUGUCGCUGAAAUCCUUUUUUGGAUCGCGAAAAUCGACGAGACGCUCAAAGGGUGCUGCCACUGUCCAAGGAUCAGAGGCACAGCAGGAACCAUCCCAGAUGGAGCGCCCGCGACUGAGACGCCGCGGCACCUCCAGAGCCCCCGCCACCGAACAUGAUUCGCAGGACUCGUCGGUCCCCGCGCCGCCGCCAGCCGCCUCCCCUGAGGACGACGACAGCGCCAAGGCUGACAGCAAGGACGACGGGCUCUGGAUGCCACGUCGCAGAAACAUUCUCGGCUCCAUCAAGGCAAAAAAGACCCAGCUGUCUACGCAGUCUCCCAAACUCAAGCACUCCCGAGGCUCGUCAAACCCCGAAGGCGCCGCCGUCAAGCCGCCAAGCUCAUCCCCCGGUCCGAGCCCCGGCGCCGAUCAGGUCAGGUCGCCGUCGAAACUCACGCAGAAGAUCUCCCUCGGCUCCAGGCGUCGCAGCCUGCCCAACCUCAAGGCCGACAAGGCCAAGGUCGACCAAAGCGUGCCCUCUAUGCCGUCCAAUGCGGCCGAGAAGCUGCAGGAGCACAACGGUGACGGGCAGCCCACGUCGAGACGGAGGUCCUUCUUCCGCGCCUCUCCCAGGACGGAGAGCAUCACGACGAUGAACACCGCUGCUGGCCCCGAUGCUAAUGCUGUUGCCGGUGCUGGUGCGGCGACGUCGGUGGCCAGCUACGGCAACACGUCACUACUUCUCUCCAUCCCCGGCCAAGGUUCCGCCAGCGGCAGCAACAGCCGAGGGCCACUCUCACGCAGCGUGUCGGUCAUCUCGUCCAAGCCCACGGGCCAGCGCAAGUCAAUCCUACGACGGUCGAGGACAACGACGGUGGGGAGCUGCACGCCCAGGGACCGCAGCCCGGCCGGCUUCGGCGAGUACGACGGUCUCGACGUGCAGGCUGCUUCUGUGUCCAACAUCCGGAGGAGCGUGGGCAACAGCGCGUUCGACCAGGCAUUGGUGGCCAUGAACCGCGCUGACCCUGACCCCGCCGUGGAGGAGGCGCUGAGGAGGGGACCACCCCGCAUACCGGGAGGCGGCAACUACCGACCGUACCCUCGACUCCGGACUCGGUCCUCGGCUCCCGACUUCCUCGAGACGGUGUCGGAGCCCGCCGAGCCCGGAUCGGUAGACUGCUACUCGCAGAAGAAACCCAAGACUCCGCCACCUCUCCUCAACCCCACGAGCCUCGGCCGGUCCCGACCCAGCGUGGGUGGGGCAGUUUGCAGACGCAGACUACUACGGGAUGGGAUACACGCCCAUGCCACGACCGACGUACCCGGUCUCGCCUCUGAACUCGAAUGCCCAGCUGGUGAGGGGUCCGGGCCUGUCUCCGGGAGCGAUGAGCGGAUGGGGACGGUAUCCCCCGCCCUCCUCGUCGGGCCCGCACGCUGCCACUCAGCAUUCGCCGGUCAGGCCACGAAGCGGUGUGGCGGUGGCGGCACCUCGUCUGGUGAGCGGAAGCUCGGGUGCGAGCGCAGGCGGCAACCACAGCAGGAGCAGCAGCAGAAACAGGAGAUCUACUCAUACCGGUGGGGAGGAACGACUGUCUCAGCAAAUGUUUCAUGA